AUGGCCAGCAAUACUGUCGGCACUAACAUGAGAGAAAGUACGUCAUUAGAAAAGAGGGCAACUGGAGUUGGACCAUUUACUCGAACUGUAAGGGCCUAUGAGCGGAAAGUGACCUACGACCUACGAUUCGCUAUUCCCGCAAUAUUCUUCCUUUUUUCUUGGCUGCUGCUUCUCCUUGCAAGUCUGGUUAUGACAAUCAGCGAUGGACACCCCUUUACACGUCUGAAGAAGCUCUUAAACGAUACGAGCGUUGGGCGUAUUGCAGCUAGCUCAGAGUACCCUGAAAGUCGAAGCAUGCAGGAUGCUUCGACCAAAGACUGGCUGGCAUCAGCUGGGCAUCUUCCUGUCAGACUCUCUGGUUUGUCAAAAGUGCCAGGCACAGAUGAGCUGGAAGAAAGCGGCAAAGCUCCGUCUUCUCGUUUACUCCAGCCGGCGCUCAGUGAUAAUCCUGACAACGGAACGCCCUGA